GACUGGUGCACAAUACGAAGCUACUGUUGUUCACAUUUGUGAAAAAGAAGAUUAUGUUAUUUUGAAGAAUCGUGAAAAAGUUGUAGAUCGUGAUUGUCCUUUGCAACAAUGCGAAGUGAUGAGGAAAUUCGUUGUUUGUGGUUUUGCAAAGGGCCUUCCAGAAGUGGCGUUUAAACGUGGAAUUGUGUACAGCAUUUAUCCCUACGUAUAUGAAAACGAGGGCAAACGUUUUGGCCCAUUUGUUUAUGGCACUGCCAGAACUUCUCCAGGGGAUUCUGGCGCCGCCUGCUUUGGAACAUGUGGGUUAAUGGCAAUCAACCUCGGUAUUACAUGCAUGCCCUUAAAAUAUCACGAUGUAGCAACCUCCGAGGCAGCAAUCUUUUCACCAAAUAAUUACAUGUUGCCUGCAGUAAGACUUCUCGAAGUAGUGGCGAAAUUGGAACCGAAGAAACCUCCCAAGAGCCCAGAUCGUGUAAUCAAGAUUGACGGAUACGGCAAAUUCGGAUUUUAGAUGUCUCAAUUAUGGAUCAAUUUCGCAUUUAAUUAUGAUUUAUGACGGUAGGGGACCAUUGUGUACCGCCGUUUGUGUAC